GUGCAUUAGGAGUUAAGCCUUAAUAUUAUAUUUCAUUCUUUCCCAGUUGGCUUAGUAGGUCCAAGUCUAUAUUUGCAAAAUUCUUUCAAGGAAUUAAUGAUCAAAUGUUCUAUGAAAAUGCCAGGGUUCUCCUGGGGUCCUUUAGGCAAGACUCUUAUCUAGAUUUAUGUAGUUAUUAGUCUAGCAAUUAGCCACUGUCAUACAAAAGAAGCUUUGUAUAUAAUUUGAAUUUUUCCAGCUCUCACCUACAAUCACAGUUUUUUGUGCUAGCGUUCUUUGAUAUCUAAUAAGGCCAUCCCUGUCUAGGAUCUAAUUUCAUUCUUGUACAAGCAUGAGCUUUUAUUUGUCACUCCAGCAAGGGCUGGGCUGCCUCAGGUUAUAUUACCUGCUUGUGUCUGCAGAAGGCAGGCUUACCAAACUGGAAAAUCCAGCCUUUCUUUGCACAACCCUCGAACGAGACUUUGCAUUUCCCGAACGCCAAUAAAACUGGGACUUCUCAACUUUUACGUAUUGAUUUUUCCAAGAGCUCACUUGAAAUCUGUUUUUUUGUUUUUGUUUUGAAGCAUUCCAGUCUAUUGUCCUGUUUCAGGGGCACAGGAUAUGGGACAUGGGAACAAUAGAAACUUUUCGGCUUUGGCGUGUUAUCAGAAACAUACCCAGGGCUAAAAAUGCAGAGGAAGUUAGUUUUUCCUGCUCACGUGUCCUGUGUUGAAAAGUUCUUCACUGGGAAUUAGAAGCAAUGAAUGGCCAUGAGACCAUUGAUUUACCAACAUUAAGCAAUGAAGAACGGGAGCAUGAGCCUCUUAAUCCUGAAGCCCAUAAUGAGACGACAGCCUACUUCAAGUCAUGUUUUGAAAUUGUUUUUUGGAAAUGCAAGCUGUGGAUGAUUUUAACUUCCGCUUUUCUGGUGUUGAUUCUUAUGACUAUUCUAAGUUUAGUUUUCUAUUCAGGGGUUUACAUAGAUGAAGAUGACUACUGGGACCCUGAAUCAAUAGCAAAUGGCAGUUUUCAUAAUUUCACAGGGAUAUUAAAAAUUCACUGUACUAAUCCUGACCUGGAGCUCUCAGAAUCAGCAUUUAAGUUGAUUUUUGAAAAUCUUAGCAAGAGGCUUACAGAUGUAUACAGUCAUUCACCUGCACUUGGGCGUUAUUUUGUCAUGGCUGAAGUUGUUUCCUUCAGUAAAGAAAACAACUCAGCAUCCUACCUUUUAUGGUUCCAAGUGCCUCCUGAGAAUGAAGAGUUUAUGAAGUCUAGAAUGAGUGAAGGGUUUGUGAUGAAUAUUUUAAGGCAAAAUAUUUAUGACAAGGAAGAAAUGGAUGGGCUGAAUGUACCUGAUUGCACAAACAUGACACUUGAUCCAACUUCUCUUUCAGUAACGCAAAUACAGACUGGCAAAUAGUAUGCAGAAGCGUGAAUAGUAAGCAGACUGGUGGCGCUCCAAAAUGUCAUCAGAGGAAGCCUCAUAUAUGAAAACAAUGGGAUCUUGUUCAAAGAACUAUGGAUCAUUUCCAGCUUGUCCUCAGUCCUCUUACUGAAAUCAAGAACUUCAGGAGAAUAUGACUGCAUCAGUCAAGUGGAUAAGAUGAUGGCCCCUGACAAUGUUACAGAUGCCUGUUUAGAAGAACAUAUGAGUUUGUUGGACUGCUAUCUGACCACAACCAAAUCUGGUUAUUUGCAGCUUGAUGAAAGGAGAGUUCCAGAAAAUAAACACACAAGGCUCCAUUUAAGCUUGAGUUGUUCCUUAGUAUCAUGAACCCAAAGUUACUAAAGGAUCAUUCUGAAAGCCAUUUUGGUUUCUCAGUUAAAGUCUUUCCAAGUUUCUCAGCAGACUGCAAUCUUUUCAAGUUUCCCAGCAGACUGCUGGACUGUGUGUAUUAAGGUGUGUAUUCUUGCAUCCACAUUACUGCUGCCUGGAGGGGUCUAUAAUGCAACAAAAUCUGGACAAGAAACCCCAAACAUUUGUAUGGUAUGAAAACUUACAGGAUAAACUUUGGUUGGCAAUGAAGUAGUAUGACCACCACAAAACAUGUGCAGGUAUAAACAGUAAGCAGGAUCAUGUGUGAUCCAAUAGCAUCAGAAGCAUAAAUCAUCAUGAAUGUGCAAUGAAAGAGACAUCUAGAGGGACACAAAUAGAAACAAAAGUGCAGUUGUUGUAUAAUAAAAUGAUUGUGCUGAAAUGCCUUGCAA